GCUUUGGGGCCCUCUCAGUCUGAUUUCGAUAUGCAUUCGAGCAACUACCUAGCUCUGAUAAUACUGCCAACAUUAUCCGGCUUAUUGCUGGUAACUGCAUGUACAAAAACAGUUUAUAAUUCGAAAAAUAGAGCGCAGCGAAUUCUGAUAUGCUGCAAGGGCUAUAAGUUUUCUCCGAAUACUGCAAACUCAUAUUUGUGUGAGCCCAUAUGCAUAUCUUCGUGUGAUAAUGGAUUUUGUCGAGCGCCCAAUGUGUGCGGUUGCCAUGAAGGCUACGAAAACAUGCGACACGACCCAACUAAGAGCUGCGUGCCCGUCUGCUCAAGUGGAUGCAAGAACGGCCGCUGCGUUGCUCCAAACAAAUGCGACUGUGAUGCUGGCUACCAGCCAAUCGAGGACGGCAGCUGUCGGCAGUUGUCGGCCAAUCCCGGCUUCAGUCAUAAUAUCUCUAGUUCAGUUUGUCCAACAGGCUGUGCCCCAAAUCGGAUAUCGUUGGAAAAUUGA